AUGUCUUCCGUUAUGGAGUCUCGUCGCCUCCGUUUCGACGCGGAGGGACGCCCGGUAGAGUUCGCCACCUGGCAGCGCCAGACCACGCGCUUCCUCACCAGCCAGCGACAGGACGGCGCCACUCUGUGGGCUCACGCGUCUGGUGCCCUACAGGCCCCCCCGUCCCCCGCCGCCCUGCCUACCACCCCGAAGCCGACCCCUACGGCCCAGGCGGAGUACGACCGUCGGGUCCUGGCCAGGGACGUGUGGCUCUCGCGUGACGCUGCCGCCGCUCUCACACUGUCGGAGCUUCUCCCCCCGACUGAGGCCGCCCACUUUGACCAGGUGGAGACAGCCCAGGGGGUUUGGGAUGCUAUUGUUGCCCGCUACUCCACCCCCUCCUCUGCCUCCCUCAGUCGCCUCCUCAUGCCGUUUGUGUUUCCCGACCUAGGCUCGUUUGCGACUGUUUCCGAUCUCGUGACUCACCUCCGCUCGCUUGACGCCGUCACCCGCCUCCCUGACCGCCUUGCCACUGCCCGCGACGCGCUUCUUCAGAAGCACCCCACUGAGCUCACUAUCGACCUCCUAGCGACUGCUCUAGGGACCAUCGAGAGCAGUCUCCUCACCGUUGCCUCCGCCACUGAUGCGGUGGCCCCCCGUCUCUUUGCGGGGUGUGCCGCCCCUCAGCUUCCCACUUUCACCGCUACCCGCGCUUCUGCUGCUGUGUCGGUCUCUGAGGACACCGCUUCCGUUUCUGCCGCAGACUGGCAAAAACGGGGCAAGAGUGGCAAGAAGGGCAGGAAGGGGGGAGGUGGAGGCGGUGGAGGCGGCGGUGGAGGUGGCGGUGGAGGUGGGAGCGCCGGUGGUGGCGGAGGCGGCGGCGGCGGCGGCGGUGGUGCACCUGGGGGAGGGGGGCUUGGAGGAGGUGCUGGACAGACAGGCCCACCCACAGGUGGUGGCCCGACCGAUGGGGGCGUUCCCCCCCAGCAGCAGCAGCCACAGCAGCACCUGCCACAGCAGGGACAGCAGCAGCAGCAGGGACAGCAGCACCAGCAGGCGCCGCAUGGGGUCCGGGAGGCCCUGGGAGCACCAGCCGCAGCAGCAGUACUUCCAGCUGGGCCCCUCGUCCCCCUCGCCGUGACGCUGGCCCGUGCACCCACUGGUGCGUCACCGGGCCGGGUAGCCCCUGUCUUUGUGGUCGCGACGACCACUCUGCCGCGCGGUGCUUCCGCCGCCUCGACGACCUCUACCGGGCUCGUUGGGGCCCUCUGGCGGUCACGCCUCGCUGGUCUCGUCUGUGACCCACCGGCUGAGGCCUCUCUUUCGUUCACGCUGGACUCGGGCGCGUCUCAGUGCUUCUUCCGCGACCACACGACCCUUACGCCACUGCUCACACCUGUGUCGGUGGCUCUGGCUGAUCCUACCUCUGGACCAGCCGUUGCGCGUAGCUCCACCACCCUCCCGUGCCCUGUGGUCCCCUCUGGUGUCCUGCGUGGCCUCCACAUCCCCUCGUUCACUCGGAACUUGGUGGCUGUUGGAUACCUCCAGGACAGGGGGAUCACAGUUACCUUCGUGGGGGGUGGGCGGACUGCAGUCUGUACUGACGCUACCACAGGUGCUGUUCUGGCCACGUUCACCAGGGAGCCCCGCUCCGGUCUCUACGUUCUCCACACCGAGCGCUCCCCGGUCGCGUCCUCCCCUCAGGUCGUUGCGUCCCCUCCGGCCCAGGGACUCGUCACAGGUCUCCCACGCACCUUCCCGUCGCUCCCUCUCUCGCUUGCCCCUCCUUGCUCUCCUUGCGUCGCUGGUCGCUUACGCGCCACUCCCCACUCCUCCUCCCUUCGUCCGGCCACCGCUCCCUUCGAGACUCUCCACUUGGACGUCUGGGGCCCUGCCCCGACGCAGGGGUCUGGGAGGGAGCGUUACUUUCUGGUGGUCGUCGACGACUUCUCCAGGUACACCACAGUGUUCCCUCUUGCGAAGAAGUCUGAGGUGACUGCUACGCUGAUCAGGUGGCUUCUAGCCACUGAGGGCACUCGUGGUCGUCGAGUCAGUUGUCUCCACUCCGACCGUGGGGGCGAGUUUCGCUCCGGCAUUCUCGGCGGAUUCUGCGGCGAACAGGGCAUCACCCAGUCCUGGACGCUGCCUGAGUCCCCACAGCAGAAUGGGGUUGCUGAGCGCCGCAUAGGCUUGGUCAUGGACAUCGCCCGCACGUCCAUGAUCCAUGCCCGUGCGCCCCAUUUUCUGUGGCCCCACGCGGUUCGCUACGCCGCACACCAGCUGAACCUCCAGCCGCGUGUCUCGCGGCCCGAGGCUUCACCGACCAGUCUUUGGACUGGUUCCCCUGGUGUCGGUUCCUAG